UGGUAUUAUGGAACAGCCGCCAAAGAAGAAAAUGGUUCCCGUUAGCACCUCUGGAUUUCAACCGGACUAUGACCGGAAAGCUGAGCUCACGGCGUUCGACGAAACCAAAGCCGGCGUCAAAGGACUUGUUGAUGCCGGAAUCACGGAGGUCCCUCAAAUCUUCAUCCUACCUUCACCUGAAAACCUCAACUCCGAUGAUCAACCGUCUCGUUCAGAGCUAAUUCUUCCGACCAUCGACCUGGCCGGAAUCAAUGAAGAUCCAGAGCGUAGAAAGGAGGUGAUCGAGAAAGUGAAAGAUGCAUUGGAGAGCUGGGGAUUCUUCCAGAUGGUGAAUCAUGGAAUCCCGAUUAGUAUGUUGGAGGAAAUGAUAAAAGGGGUGAUAAGGUUUCAUGAGCAAGAGAGUGAGGUGAAGAAACAGUGGUACACCAGAGAUAUGAGUGGGAAGAGUAGGGUGAUUUACAACAGCAACUUCGACUUGUACGUUGCACCKGUGACUAACUGGCGAGACUCUUUGUACUGCACCAUGGCUCCUAACCCUCCUCAGCCACAUGAGUUACCGCCCUCCUGCAGAGAUAUUUUGGUAGAGUAUUCGAGUCAAGUGAUGAAAUUAGGAGAUUGUGUUUUUGAGCUAAUAUCUGAAGCUCUUGGGCUCAAUCCCAAUCACCUUUCAGACAUGGGUUGUACCGAAGGGCUUGCUAUACUUAGCCAUUACUAUCCUUCUUGUCCACAACCAGACUUGACAAUAGGCACCCCUAACCACACCGACAACGAUUUCAUCACAAUACUUCUACAAGAUCAAAUUGGUGGCCUCCAAGUCUUUUAUCAAAACCAAUGGACUCAUGUUCCUCCUAUCCCUAGGGCUCUUGUGGUGAAUGCUGGAGAUCUAUUACAGCUAAUUACAAAUGACAAGUUUGUGAGUUCACAACACAAGGUGUUGGCAAACAAGGUUGGUCCAAGAGUAUCAGUGGCUUCGUUCUUUUCGACAGGCUCAAUUCAGACCUCAAAGGUAUUUGAACCAAUUAAAGAGUUGCUUUUAAAAGACAAUCCAGCCAAGUAUAGAGCCACAACAGUGAAAGAAUAUGUAGAAUACUACAAUAAAAAGGGACUCGAUGGCAGAUCCGGUCUUCUGCAUUACCAAAUCUAGUUAGCUUAGGUCAACACUACUUUGAGCAAGAUGAUGAAGCUCUUAUUUUCAUGAUCAUCGCAAUGGCGGUGUUAUUUAAAAAAUGUUUGUUUUGCUUUUUGAGUGAUAUUUAUAAGAAUAUGCUAAGAACUGUUAAGUUUGUAAUAUUAUUGGUAAUACAAUUAUACAACAAGAACCACAUAUA